AUGAUGGAAAAAAAGAUAGUGCGCAAAGGGCCGCUGCCUGGAGGUCGCCAGGGCGCGUCUGGAGCUGGCGCUGGACUCGACAGCAUGCGGGCCGCCAGCCGAGCGCGGGGUGUUGCAAGACCAUCUAGCAGCCCCCCGCAUCCAUCAUCCCCACCAGAAGGCUUGGUGUCAGCUGGGUCUUCUCGGACUAAGCAAGCGGCACCCGCCGCUGGUGGAGCACGUCGCAUGCGUUGGUCAAAAUUAAUGAACGCAAACGCACUGCGGGCGUAUUUUAGGGCAAAAGGGGAAGAAACUGGAUGUUUGGCGUAUCGGACUCGGAUGCAUCGCUGUUUUUCAGAGCUGAAGCCAUCUCUAUCGGUCACUGAGCAAAACCUGGCAGACCGAGUUCGGUACUCCUGCGUUCCAACAUAUUUGGUGACGCCGAACUCGAACGACUAUGACAUUGAUCAGAAGAGGCUCUAUAAAUCAUUGGAACGACCAAAGGUAUAUGGAGCGGGCCCAGGACCGGAUCAGGUUGACACUGUCGCGUUUUGGCGUGGCCUGUGGUCAGAGCCCGUAAACCACAGCGAGAGCCCUUGGAUAGAAGUUGUGGCGAGCCAGAGUGUAAGUGUUACGCCUAUGGAGCCCGUCACCAUAAAGCCUGAAGACGUGGCUGAGGCGGUCGGUAGGGCCCCCGAACUGGAAAAGUCCGGGGCUCGACAGGCUGCAUCAUUACUGGCUGAAGGGGUUCGUAGUGUGUCGCGCUGUGCUCGCCCGACAGUUUCAAGAGGCUCUCGAUCAAAAGUCGCUCCCGAGCUUCUUCACUACUGGGAUCACUCACUUGGAUCUUAA